AUGCGUGGUGCUGGAAGUUUGCGUCCAAGGGUCACUAUUCUGUUAAGAGUGCUUACAGAUUUCUGGUUGCUGGGUUUCGACAUAGGGAAGUCCAGGAGAGUUCCGGUUGAUUCGAUCUGUCCGUUGUGUCAUGAGGCUCCUGAGACUAUCCUACAUAUUCUUGUUCAGUGUCCUUUUGCCCGCAGUUGCUGGUUGAGUUCGCCUAUGGGUUGGCCUGCAUUCUCCGCUGCCUCUCUUAUGGAGUGGUUCUCUUUAGCCUUCCUUACUGCUUCUGCGGAGAAUGCUUCCCUUAUUCUAAUGAUAUGUUGGGCUUUGAGGCAUAACAGAAAUAAUGUUGUUUGGAAAGCUCAGGGUCGAACUGCGAGUGGUGUGUUCUUCAUGGCACUGAAUUUUUUGCAGCAAUGGAGGGGGGCCUGUUCUGAUUCUACCAGCUGCACCAAUGUUGUAUCGGCUUUGACUGUUUGGUCUCCUCCACCGCAGGGUUGGAUUAAGGUUAAUAUUGACGCCUCUUUAAACUCGCAACGAAGUUCGCUAGGCUUUGGCUGUGUAGUCCGAGAUGCUAAUGGUAGAUUUAUAGCAGCUAAAGCAGGCUGUUUUUGCAGUCAGAUGAAGGUUAAGUGUGCUGAGGCAGUGGCUUUUCGAGAGGCAGUGGCUUUUCGAGAGGCAUUGAGCUGGAUUAAAGAGUGCGGAUGGGAUCGAGUUCUUUUCGAAUCGGAUGCUCAGGUUCUUAUUGUGUCCAUUAACAAUGCUUCAUUAGAUGAUUUAUCACCUUUUGGUCUUUUGGUUUAA